AUGUAUCAUUCUUUUUUUAGUUGGGAUUUUGAUAUCAAUGACAAGAAAAUCUUGUGUGAGAAAUCUCCUGAACUGUAUCAGCUCCACAAGUGUGCAAGAGACUAUUCAUUGAACAUUGACCACAUCCUCACUGUCAUGCUUCCAAGCUUUCAGAAAUCCCAUGCAUCUGGUGCUCAUGAUCUUUCUGCUUUUGCCAGUACUGCUGGUACCUAUAACAUUAUCAUCACUUUAUUCAUUCAGAACUUUAGUGACCUUCACAUCCCUUGGUCACUUGUCUGCAUUGCCGACAUCAAGAAAGGCAAUAUUUCUCUAGGCCAGGUUAUCCUGAAGAUCAUACAACCAUCACUUCUAUCUAUUUCCAAGCCAAGAUCCCAUGGACAGAGCUGUAUCUUUCCUCACCGACUCACUAAAAUUGAGGACCUUAUCUACCAAACCCUUUUGCCACUCCAGAGAGCUGUUAUUCCCUAUUAUUUCAGAUUACACAAGCUUAUGAUGCCAAAUAAAUAUAUCAAAGGGGUGACCAUGGGAGAUGAGAAUAAAAGUGAUGAGGAUAAAGAUGACAAUGAGGAUGACAAGGAUAACCAUCCAGUUCCAGAAGCAUGUAGUCAUGAGAUGGAUCAAAAGCUUGAAGAAUGUUUCCUCAAAGAGGCUAAGGACAUUAAUGGAUCAAUGAGUCUGGCAGUCUCCUAA